AGAGUGCGACUGCCAUGUUAGCAAGAUCCAAUUAAUUUUAAAGAGUUAGAAGGGAUUAAAGCUGAGUUACAUAAAGACUUCACAGGCAUGGUAACCGAAGCAGGGCAUGCGCACAUCGUUCGAUCAGCAGCAGCAAGAGCAGUCGCCUUUUAAACCUUUUUAGCCCGUUAGAUUUGUUACCGUUUCUUUGGGAAUAGAAAGAGGGAGACGUCUCGACGGUAUGAAGUUCCCUGUGGAUUUCCUGGCCAAAUUCAGUCAGGCUGAUCUGGAAGUAUCAGCUCGCAACUACAUGAACAGUCUACUUUACAGCAACAGAGAUUCUGGCGAGCAACUCAUCCUCUCUGACUCCACAAAGGUCAGUUUAGAGCUUUCCAGGGUAGGCUUUAUUCCUCUGUAUGGCUCCAGUGACAAAACCAGGAUCCUGGCCCUCUUUUCUCCCACUGAUCCGCUCACUGCUGUUGCUCUAUACCUGUUGGACCAGUGGUGGACUGUGGAUGAUAUUCUCAAGACAUCUGACCAUGCUCGAGAUGGAGCUGUUGAGGUGCAGACAAUUGGAGAGAGACUAGUGCUGUAUGUUUUGAAUCGCGUGAUCUACAGAGUAAGAGAGAUGAACCCAGAAGAACUUCCCUUCCUCUGCCAUGGGGAGAAGGAUUUUGCAAAGAUUUACUGGAGUAACGGAGAGGCUGUUGGCUUCUACUCAGUCAAACUGUCAGGCAGUUUAUAUCAUUCUUUUUCAACAAGAAGAUACCAGCUUCCUGUCAUGGACUCGAUUUUUGUGACAAAAUAUCAUCGUGGUAAUGGCUUUGGCCUCAACAUGCUGGAGGACUUUGUGAUGAGUUUCCACGACGACUGUGUGGGAUUGAGAUAUCCACUCACCAAAGCCAUUUACAAAAUGUGUGAAAAAUACCUGUGUCAGUACCCAGGAGACACAGAUCUACUUUGGGAGGUGGAGAGUAUAGGUUGCCCAAACCAGAGGUUUAACAUUGCCAAGAGGAUUCAGAACAUGGAUUUGAAAGCAGUAUCAAGUUUAUUAUUUGACAAUACACCACAUGAGGUCACUAGAGAGAGACAAAAAGAAGUAGCCAAGGAGCCAAUUGCCACACAGACAAAAGAAGCUGAAUCGAUGGCACAUAGAGUUGAAAUUGAGGAAGAAGUGUUGGUGUGUACCGCUACCAGAGACACUGGUGACAAGCCUGUUCCAACUUGGAGUAGAAGCAGUGAGCAAAAGCAAGAAAAGAAAGUUGAUAAGAUUGCAGAAAGACAAACUAACAAAGUUAUCAGAGUUGAGGAUAUCGAAGCAGAGACCCCCAAGGAACAUCUUUCAAGUAAAGAGAGGACUGCUUUUUUUUCUGAUUUGGUGGUGAUUGAGAACAUAUUUUGUACCCAUUCUAAAGAAACUAGAAAAGAUGAUGUUGGCAUUGCAGUUGAAGAAUCAGUGGCGGUAAACACUACUGUAACCACACAACAACUUGAGGAUGCACCAGCACUUGCUGAUAAUGGGAGCACCUCGAAUGAUCCUGCACAGGAAUCCAUGAAAACACAAGGGUCAGUCGAAGAGCAUGAACAGACCCAAUCUAAAUUUGCCAUUAUUGAAGCAGAGGACAAUGAGCAAGAAAAACAAGUGGAUGAGUUUCCAACUAUGGUUGAUCAGAGCUCCAUGGAACAGAGGGCAGAUCUUGAUAAACCAGAAUUUGAAAGUGUUCAGAGUCGAGGAAGGACCUCUGUAUUUGCUACCACUCAAUGUAAGUCCAAAAAAACCUGCAGUUGGCAUCAGUCCGAAGGAGAGGAAGAAGGAACUGCUGCACAUGAGAAAUUGCAAGUUGAGCAAACAGGACAGACACUAAGAGAAGUCAAGGACAAAGGUGUAAGGGAAGGGAUAAGGGGUAAGGAUGUGACUCAGAGCGAAGAAUACACUGAGACAAAAGUUGAGAUGGAAAAAGACAACUCCAUGACAUAUCCUGAAAUACAAGAAAAGGGACAUAUCGCUAUUUCUGAGAUAGAUAAAACUGAUAAAAAUAUAACAGUUUCAGAUGAGAAAAAGAUUGCUGAUUCUGCAAUAGAAACAAGAGUCCUAAGAAAAAGAAGAAAGUCUGCUCCCAACUCGACUCGAUCCAAAAGAGCCCGGAUAAACCCUCAGAUAAAGAAAUGAAAGAUUUGAAAGAUAGAAGCAUAUCAAGGGCCAAACAGGGUUGUGAGAAAAGAGGGAAUCAUAAUGAAGAGGCGGUACCACAAGUCUCAGAAAUGGAACAUAGUGUCAUUAAUGAACAGUCACUUCUCAGAGAUGACGCUGUGUUGGCACAGCAGGAAACUCCAUAAAACUGUUUCCAGUUUUAUUUUAAAUCAGUGUGACUGAAAGAUUGCUACAUUAAAGUUCUUAAGUGUGGUGCAACAGUGUGCAGGAUUUUUCCAUGUUUGAUAGUUUUACUAUUCCCUGGUGCAUGACUACAGGUGUGCAGAGCUCUUUCUUUAUGAACAGUUUUGCUUUAUGAAAUAUACGCCAUACAAAGCGCAUUCUAGUUGGAUUGUAGGUGCCUUGGCAAAUGUAUUGAGUGUAACUGUUUUCUGAGUUUUCCGGAAAGCUGAAGAGCAACGCCACAACGAGACUGACUCUGAUGAUGACAAGCGGGAACUUGGCGUGUUUAAUGGCAAACUUGCUGUUUAAUUUGGAUACAGAUGAGGACUUUGAUGGAUUUGUAGAUGAAGAUUGAUUAACGAUAAUGUGAGCACAGUAUUUGAGGAGAGUAGAUAAUGGUAGAAUAAAGCACAACCAAACUCACUGUCUUGCAACCAUUUUUACCUUUUUUUGUAUACUUUGUUUUAGCAUGCAUGUAUCAUAUAUGAUACAAUAUGUACUGUUAAGUUUUUUUCCACCACGCAGACAGCGGAAAACUCACCGCUGCACACCAUUUAUUUGGUUAAGAAAAAGGACCCCCCCCCCCUUUUUCACUUUACAUGUACCGUUUUUUUCC